AUGAGGUUGCUGGUUUUGUUGACCGUUUUCGUUCUUUCUCUAGCAUCUGAAGACGUGACUUCUACCGAAAGGACCACAUUCACCGUUGAAGGAAAUGUUAUUUUCCCGUCAUCAGCGAAUUCCGGCCGUAAGUGGGCAGCUAAUUCGCGUGUACUUUUGAAUCACGGCGAAUAUAUUGGAUUUGUUCGUGAAGACGGUUCCUUUGUUGUGGAUAAUGUAGCCAGCGGCAGUUACAUCGUACAGGUGGAGAAUGUGGACUUUGUAUUCGAACCAAUUCGUGUUGACAUAACAGCAAAAGGAAAAAUUCGUGCUAGGAAACUCACUGUACUUCAGCCAAAUGUUGUAAAUCAGCUACCAUAUCCUUUGAAGCUAAGCGCAAGAGAAGCAACCCGGUAUUUCCGGAAACGAGAAGAAUGGCGAAUCACAGAUAUGCUGUUCAAUCCGAUGGUACUUAUGCUAGUGGUACCACUGAUCAUUAUGCUCAUUAUUCCAAAGAUGACGGCCAAUGAUCCUCAAUUGCAAAAAGAAAUAUCUGAGAUGCAGAUGCCAAAGCUGGAUAUGCCUGAUGUAAGUGAAAUGAUGGCGAAUUUGUUUGGAGGUGGAGCUCCGAAAACGAAGAAAAAAGCGGUGACUGGUGGGCAACAAAAGAAAAACAGGUGA